UCCUGCACGGAAUCAGAGCCAUGUUGCCAAUAAAUCGUGCACUGUCCAGGGGGCUGUUUACUGGACUCGCCUUCAAGGCUUGUUCUUCUACUGACGUUGCCUUGGCUCGGGCGUGCUAUUCUAUCCGCUUUCAGUCUACAUCAACCCACCUUACCGACGCUAGUAACCGCAUCCGAAGACGACGCAAGAAGCCGGCGUUUCUUGACCGUACACCAUUUCCUCCGUCUCCGGAAGAAGCUGUGAAUAAUAUCCUCUACAACACACCAAACGCUACCCCCGCGCCCGUUACUCGACAUGUCCUAAACUGCCUUGUUUCCAAUGAACCUGGUGUUCUCUCACAUGUAUCGGGAAUCCUCGCUGGAAGGGGUUUCAACAUUGAAUCGUUGGUGGUUGCCAAGACCGAGGUACCCGAUUUGUCACGUAUGACCAUUGUUCUGAAUGGGCAGAAAGUUGUGAUUGAGCAGGCGAAGAAACAGCUGGAGGACAUGGUGCCGGUGUGGGCCGUUUUGGACUAUACCCAUGGCAGAAUUGUUGAAAGGGAACUGCUUUUGGCAAAGGUUUCCACUGUGCCGCAUGAGCAUUUGAGUGAGUUCGUAGAGCAUGAGAUUGAGGGACAGGAGGUUGAGGAGCCCGAGAGUCGGACGUCUUUCUCCCCUUUGCUAGGAACCGCUUUGCAGCGACAGGCGAUCACCGAGCUGGCCCGUCUGUUUGGGGCCCGUGUGGUGGAUGUUAGUCUCGAUGGGGUUAUCCUUGAGCUCAGUGCAAAACCCGACCGAGUAGAUGCUUUUUUGAAGCUUCUCAAGCCAUACGGCAUAGUUGAAGCUGCGCGGUCGGGUGCUAUGGCCAUGCCUCGUAGUCCUGUGGAUGGUGUCUUCGAAGACGAAGCUAGUCUUGAAGUAGAAGAUGACAGUGGGAAGGUUGACGCUACCAUGCUUCCACCGGGAUAACUUGAUGAUGUGGACGUGAAGAUAGCCGGUGUAUAAAUCUAAUUGGAUGAGGCACGUUAUGCUAGCUCGUCUUCGCCCAAUAUAAUAGUACCAAUGUUAGAUAUGGAGCGUCACUAGAAAUGCAAGGUUAACAUUUUCACAAAAUUUCCGAGUGCUCAAAAAUGUUGUGUAU